AAACGAUUGCUGCUCCAUGUGUGAGGUUAUGUAAUUGGGGCGAACCAAAACAAAUACAAACGAAACAAGAACAUGCAAAACGGCAGUCUGGAAUAGUGGAGUGUAGUGUGAAUAAAGAAUUACCAUGCGUUCCACCAUCCAUCGGUGCCAUUCAUGCUUUUCGCAGUUCGUACACACCCGUUCCUUUGCUUCCGCUAGCAGACGCAGUGUGCUCCGGCAGGAUGUGUCCCGCUUGCCGGUGCAUCAGUUCCCGAUAGCGAAAGCCUCUGACACACGUGUGUAUGUGUGGGGCAUGGCUGCCACCGGUGCGCUCGGAAUGCAAACAUCCGUGAAGAAACAGGCACAAGUAUUUACCGACUUCGUACAACAUCCAAGUAGGCUAAGCUUCGGCGAAGGGCACGCUGUGUCGGAUGUUGCGGCAGGUUAUGGAUUCACGGUGUAUGUGGUCAACAGAGAGAACGAAACGCAAUUAUGGGGCACCGGCAUCAACACCGAUGGACAGCUGGGCAUCCAAAAGGCGCCCGGAACGCACAAAAAACCGCUCGAGCUGCUCAUCUAUCCGGCACCGAUUGAUCUGAGUGCGGCGAAGAUGCAACCACGCCAGCGUUUAGUGCGUGUAGCCGCAGGACGAGCACAUGUCCUUGCGCUUACGGAGGAUGGUGCAGUUCUCGCGAUGGGCAACAACGCAUACGGCCAGUGCGGUCGCAAGAUUGUCCCGGACGAAGAUUAUUUUCGCAAUCCGGUAGUUAACAGUGUCCAGCUCGAGGAACCGGUACGGGCAAUCGAAUGUGGACAGGAUCACAGUUUAAUGCUCACGGAAUCGGGGCGCGUUUUUUCGUGCGGUUGGAGCGAUGAUGGCCAGGCUGGACAGGGCAGAUACGGGUUGAUUGAUACACCUGGCCCCGCGGGAGGAGAUCUGAAAGGUGAACAGAUUGUAAAGGUUUCCAGCAGCUGUGACACUAUAUUGGCCGUAAAUGCGAAAGGAGAGCUGUUCGGAUGGGGUAAUUCGGAGUACGGACAGCUCGGGGAUGUAGCUCAGGAUAAUCCGCAAAUCAACACGCCACGUCACCUGUCCUUCACCAAGGAAUGUGGCAAAAUUGUUGACAUUGCAGCCGGCGGCUCGUAUUGUCUGAUUUUAAAUGAACACGGUGAUGUAUUUUCCUGGGGGUACGGUAUCCUUGGCUUCGGUCCGGAAGUGCAGCAUCGUCCCGCUCCAACUCGCAUUCCGCCCGCACUCUUUGGCCGGAACGAAUUCAACCCGCACGCGAAGGUGAUUUCGAUCGCCUGUGGAAUUACCCAUUGUGCGGCUAUCAAUGAUCAGCACGAUAUGUACAUGUGGGGCCACAAUCGGUACGCCUGUCUGGGGUUGGGUCACAAAAACGAUCAGUUCUUCCCGCUAAAGGUAGCUCUCAAUGCACGCGUACAGAAAGUGACUUGUGGUGUGGAUCAUACUGUAACGCUUUGUAGGGCGUUCGUGUGAGUUCUGUGUGAAUUUUCUGUUAAUAUAUACACACCGUGCAUAAACCUGAGCAAUUCUGAGCUAGCUGGACAUGCACAUAUUAA